AUGUCAGCGCUCAAGCCGCUCGCUCCCUGCCCGUGGAGCCAGCCGGGGAUGAUGGAUCCGCCAUACGCUGCCACGUGUACGAUCUACUCCGCGAAGCACGCCGCCACUGUCGGGCUGGCGGCGCCGAACGCGGCGAUAUCUGCAGCGUGGAAUAUGGCGGCGUCGGCUCUUUCAACGAAUGUGGCGGAGACGGCCAGUGCGCAGGAAGCUGCAGCAGCGGAGGGAAGGGCGACAGUGACGGAAACGGCGGAGGUUGCGGAAGGCGGGCUCGGAAAGGAGCUGGGGCGAGGCCAUUUCGGGGUGGUGCGGCUCUGCGAAGACAAGCGAACAGGGGAGAAGUUCGCAUGCAAGACCGUUCUCAAGUCGCAAAUAGCAACUCCCGAGGCCAUGCGCGAGUUGCGCGCGGAGGUGCUGAUUCCGCUGCUGUUGCAAGCAGCGCAGAGGAAAAAGCAGGCGCAAGAAACGCGCGGGGAAGGAGAUGAGACACAACAGGACGCGAGGCAAGAGGCGGAAGCAGGGCGCAACGAAGGCUGGGACGUUACUGCGCGCGGAGAAGGAGCGGGGGAAGCAAUGCGCGAGGUAGAGGGGGAGCGGCGGAAUGGAGUGAGAGAACACGGGGAGAAAGCGGAGAUUUAUGGGCGGGGUGUGUCAGCAGCUCGGUGUUUGAAGUUUGUGCGGAUAACGGACGUGACUGAAACGGAUCAGAGCACCGCCAACCGUCAUCACAACAGCGAGGCAGACGGUCGCGGGGGUGGGUGUACAAACCGGAGUGUACAAGACAUUAGCAGUACAAAAGUGAAAAACAAAUAUCAUAACGAAGGCAAAAAUGAUGCAUACAGGAGUGGGCCUGACAAGGGGUUUGUGCGAUUGGUGGAUGUUUUCGAGGACGAGUCUGCAGUGCACAUGGUGAUGGAGCACUGCGAGGGAGGAGAUUUGUUUGAACACGUGGCACGAUGUGAGAGGCUGGAUGAACGACAAACUGCCGACAUAAUGAGGCAACUCGCAACAGCUGUGGCAAGGAUGCACGAGAUGGGAGUAGUGCACCGAGAUUUGAAGCCCGAAAACAUCCUCCUUACAAGCACAUCCCGUUACUCGGACAGCAACCUCUCCACCACGCACUUCUCCGACCGCAUGGACUCUGAAUCAACUUCAACCGCUGAACCCUCCCCGCCCUCGUUAUCAGCAGCCUCAUUAACAGCAAGUUUCCUCACAGUUAAGAUUGCUGACUUCGGGUUAGCGAGAGUCUUAAAACGAGGAUGCAGGCUGCAUGGGUUGGUGGGGAGCCCAUUCUACAUGGCUCCUGAGACUGUCAGAGGGAGGGAGUAUGGUCUCGAGGUGGAUGUGUGGAGUUUAGGUGUUUCGUUUGCAUCCCCUGGUGCGUUCCCGGAUCAGUGCUUGUUGACCGAGCCAUCCUUGACUUUCCAAAGCCGGGCCGCCUUUCGGAAUCAGCAGGCGAAUUCCAUGGCGUCUGCUGCGCCGGCUGCCGCGGAGGAAUCCGCGUCGAAAGCGGCGGAGAAUGUCAGUCAGGAUCCAACGGUUAAGAGCGAUUGGGAGGUGGCACCGUGGGAUCGACACGCGGGGGUGCUGAAGAUGGCACGAUUCGACUACCGGCGGGAGGAGCUACUCCGAUCCGGAAAUGGUGGCGGGAUUCAAGGUCCGACUCAAAAUAUAAUGAGUCUUCUCUCACUUACCCGUCCCUCCCCCGCUACCACCCCCCCCUCCGCCCCCUCUCCCCCGUGCCAGUACCUGCCUGCAGUGUGUGCGAGCGUGACUGAAGGGGAAGAGCUAGAGGCAGCGGAGGAGGGGAAACACGGAGCUGAUUCGAAUGUGGGGCUUGAAGGGAGUGCUGCGGCCAAGAGACAGAGAGUAGAGACGGGAGAGGAGAGGGGAGAGGAGGGGAAGCUGAAGGGGGAAGAGGGGAAAGGGGAGGGGGAGGAGGAGGGGAAAGAGGAAGGGGGAACGAAGGAGGGAGGUAAUGCAGAGCGAAGCACAGUGGAAGAGGGGGAGGAUGGUGCAAAGGAUAAGGAGGAUAAGGCAGCGGCAGAAGAUUGUGAAAAGACAGUUAUGGAGACAGGGGAGGGUAAGGCAAUGAAGGUUAGCAAGGCAGAGCAGGAUGCGAGUGCAGCGGAAGACGCUCUUAAGGCCGGGCUAGGGGCGGUCAAGCUGGGCAGCAUGGGAAUAACUUUUCUGGCGCUGCCCGAGAAGGAAAAAUGUGUGCCGGGCAGCGAGGUGCCCUGCCCUGUGGAUGUUGUCGGGCAGAUUCUGAAGGUCAUCAAUGAGAAGAAGAGGAGCGGCCUCAAGUGGUGCCAGCGCAUCUGCCCUGUGCAGGCCACGUGCCCAACCACGAAGCGCCACCUGUCAACCACUGUUUGUCGUUUGCUGACCAAUCACUUUGCAGCAGCAUCGCCAGCAAAACCAGCAGGAACAUCAUCACCAACACCAACACCCACACCAGCAGCAGCAGCAGGAGGGGGAGCAGAAGUGGGAGUGGAGGAGCCACGCUCGAAUGGUUCUGAGACAGCAGCAGAACCCCCAGCAGCACCACAGCAGCUUCUACCUCCCAUACAGUUUGCAGUUGCGUUUAAGAAACGAGGGGCAGAGGAUUCAGGCGCUGCAGCCAAAGAGACGGCCAAGAAAGAGAAGGAGAAGGCAGAGAGACAGAGAGAAGGAAAUGCGGGAGUGGAGGAGGAGGAGAGGGGGGAAGGGGAGGAGGAUGUUGAGUUGAGUCGUGAUGUUGUGAUUAGGACUGUGGCUGAUGCCGUGAAGGAAGCUUCUGGGAAGCGAGGUGCUGCGGCUAACUUGACUAACCCAGAGUUUGCAGUGGUGGUUGAGAUUGUUCCACUCGCACGGGGUCCUCCUUUCUGUGCCCCACGUCAGCAGCCAGAACAUCCACGUCAGCAUCACCUCCGCCAUCAUUACGUCCCGCCGGUCGAGACGCCUUCCCACCGCGCGGCUCGCGCGGCCGCCUGGGCGGCAAGGGAUCGCAGCAGAGCGCGGCCACGUCAGCAGGGGGAAAGGCGGGUUUCUGCGGAGCGGGGGGACUGGGGCCAGGGACAUGGCCGAGAGCCGAUUGGCGGAAACUCCGCGGAGCUUCCCCGGGGGCUUUCCGCGGGUCACUCCGCUUCCGCUGCUUCGUCCAAAGGCGCAGUUGGCGCAGGUGACGCGGUUUCUCGUAGUUCCGCUCCAUUAGACGCGCAAGAGCAGGCUCGGGUCGAAGCUGAGGUUCGGCAGAUUGUCCACCACGCCGAGGCGAAGGCUCGACAGCAGCAGCAGCAGAAGCAAUUGGUGCCACGUCAGCUACUCCAGCUGGGACCGCGGGGUGGGAUUGGGCGGAGCGAACAGCGCCAUGCCACGUGGAUCUUCCCAGGCCACGGCACCGCGCCUCGGGCCAUUUUCCGCCAAAACGCCGCCGCACUUUCCCACGGAUUGCGCAACGGACUGCAGCAGCGCUUCCGCCAGCUUUCCCCUUUCCCCCUCGCGACCCGCUUCCGCGACCCGUUCGAAGCGCUGAAGCGCAGCGUUCUCGAGGCGCCGUCAGAGGCGCAAAAGGCGGUGCGAGCCGCCGUGAAACGCGGGGAAGAGAGGGUCAACUCGGCGCGCUUAGGAGCCGUGAUGGUGGUGCUCGGGCUGUGGGAGGUGGCUCGGAACAAGGUGGCGCAGGCUCGGCAGCGGCACCAGGUUCGGAGCCAGGUUCGGGUGUGGGGCCAGAGGCUCGGCAGGGAGGCGCCAGUUGCGGCGAAAUGGGCGAUGACGAGCGGAUGGGGGGAAACGGGGGACGCGCGAGGGGGCGGAGAGGGGGGAGCGGGGGAAGGGAUGGGGGAACGAGUUUCGGGAGGGGGAGGCGAGUCUUUCUGGGGAGGUAACGGCGAGGCAUUAGGUAGACCUACCCCAGAUAUACCUUCCCCUGACGCGUUUGGCCUUGGCAUUGUAAGGGGGCUCUUGGGAAGUGGUGUUUUGGGAUGGCCACGGCAGCGAGAUGAAGCAGCGUAUAGCGUGGAAGCUUAUAAAGAGGAUGGGGCCUGGCAGCAGCAGGAGGCGAUACUCCUGGGCCAGUCUCAGGCGCUAUGGCGUCAGGUGGCGUCUCUGUUGAACCCACCUGGCUCUGUUGCAGAAACACCUGAGCGGCUGGAUCCCAUGGCACCUGAAGCUCCCUCCGUUAUUGAUCCCCAUUCCCAGAGGAAGGGGAAUAUGAGCGCGGGCGCGCCCCACGUGCAGGUGCAUUCCCCCCUCCGCCACUCCCCCGCCCUUCCCCCCAGCUCCCCCCAUCCUCCCCUUCCCCCCCAACCCCCCCGCGCCCUGCUUGACCCCUGGGCGGCGCUGCAAAUCGCGGAGGAACAGUUCGGAGCGCAGCUCGACUCGUGUGGCGAUCUGAGAAUCAAGGUGGCCGCUACAGGACAAGACCUGCUCUCUGGGCGGCUGGCUGGCGUGUCGGUGUCGGCCCGGGCGGCCGAGUACAAGGGUUUGUCCGUUUCUGAUGUGGAUAUGGCUGCUUCCUCCGUCCGCUUUGGCAAGAAUUGGGGACUCGCUCCCAAUUUCACCGACUCACACUUCCCAGUGCGCGCCUUUCUAUCCAUGAGCCCUGACGACUUCAACAGGAGCCUAAGGAGCCCUCUCCUCUUCCCUCUUCUCCGCUCUGUCUUCUCAUUGGACGACCGCCAGCCAAUCCCAGCCCUCCACGUGUCACUUGGUGACGGAUUCUUGGAGUUCGUAGCAGCCAAUCAGGAUCCAAGAUUUGGCCAGAAUCAGAAUCUGAUCUCCAGUCUGCCGCUCAAUAGCGCCAAUAGCAAAUCUGCCCUUCCCCCAUACCCUCCCUCCCCUUCCUCCUCUCACUCCCCCUCUCUUCCCCUCAAACCCCCACACUCCACUACCCUUUCCUCCUCUUCAAACCCUAACCUUCUAAACCCUCUUAGAACCUCGUAUACACACUCCCUCAACUCUCCCCACGCUCCCCCUUCCCCCCACUUUCCCUCCGCCUAUAGCCGCACUCCCCGUUUCACCCCCUCCCCCUGCUUUACCCCCUCCCCCCGAUUCACCCCUCGAUUCACCCCCACAGCUCGCCUCAGUUCCCCCCACUCCUCCUCCCACCACCACUCCCCCUACUACUCCCCCCAAUUCUCCUCCCCCCGCCUAUCCGUCCGCUAUUCCUCCCCUUUCACCUCCUCCCCCACUUCCUCCUUCCAACCCUCCCUAGACCUCCCUCUCCUCCCCAUUCCCCCUCUGCUGCCCAACCCACUGUCACUGUUGAGAUUCUCUGCCGCCCAGAUCAGAUUCCCUCAGCCUGUGCUGGAUACUGUCGGGCGGCUGCAGCUCCUGAAGCUGCCCUUUCUGUUCCCUUCCCACUCCUCUCAAACCUCGGACACUACACCAUCCUCCACCCGUCCCUCACCCUCGCUUCCUCACUCUCCCUCACUCUCCUCCUCUCCCUCCUCCUCUCCCUCCUCUUCCCCUCUCUCCUCCUCCUCCUCCCCCCCUCCCUCCCCUCGCUCCUCUCGCCUCUCUUCCUCUCUAGCCCGCCGCCUCCGUCCCCUCCGCAUCCCCCACCCCAACAACCCAGUUGCAAACCCUCCCACCGCUCACAACCACACUCUGCAAACUUCUGCGGAAUCUCCUGCUGCUGCUACACCAGCAGCGUUAUCCCCCUACGCCUGGAAGGCCCCUGGCACGCCGUUCUUUGCUAGCUCAAGAAACCUUCUGGAUUUCAGGUCAGAGGAAGUGGAUGGAGCAGCAACAGCAGCAGCAACAGCAGAAGCAGCAGCAGCAGCAGCAGCAGCAGCAGCAGCAGCUAAGCGGAGAGGAAAUGGGUGUUUCUGGCCCUGGGGCUGGUUGGCUGUCCCUAUCUAA